CGCGUGCUCGCGCCGCCGGAGACGCUGCUCGGCGCCGGACGCGAGGACACAUCCAACACACGCACCUUCCGCAGGUCGACGAACUCGCCCAAUUGUACCACUCAACCUAUAUAUUAAUUUUUGCGAAACUACAUUUUUACCAAUUUUUUUUUUGGCAAAAAAAAAUUAAUUACCGCGAGGAGUUGAAAUCGUCGAAACCUCACCAUGGCGACGCAACAGGACAAAACUUUGCUAACCACCACCUUCAACGACAAGGGAGGCACAUUCAAAACUGUCAUCGUACCUUUAGGAGAGCAGUCGAGAUCACCGCACGAAAAUCGCCCUCUCAUGGAGAAAAAGGCGGCCAAUUUGGAACUGGGUGGUGCCCAGGAGGAGUACAACCCCUUCAAAAACCGCAACUUAGAACACCCUACAACCAAUGCCGACACCCUGAUCCACCUGCUGAAGGGCAGCUUGGGCACCGGCAUCCUAGCCAUGCCCCUGGCCUUCCUGAACGCAGGUUUGGCCUUUGGCUUGGUGGCCACUUUCGUCAUCGGCUUCAUCUGCACCUAUUGCGUGCACGUUUUGGUCAAAUGUGCCCACGAGUUGUGUCGGCGGACGAGAACGCCUGCCCUUGGCUUUGCCGACGUCGCCGAAGUUGCUUUCAAGAAUGGACCACCCCAGCUCAGGAAAUUCUCGGCAGCAGCCAGAUCAACAAUAAACACCUUCCUUGUUGUGGAUCUGCUCGGUUGCUGCUGCGUUUAUAUUGUGUUUGUGGCCACAAACAUUAAGCAGGUGGCUGACUACUACUGGCAACUUGACUGGGACAUUCGAAUCUACAUGGUUUGCCUGCUGGUGCCCCUCAUUCUACUCAACAUGAUCCGCAACCUGAAGCUGAUGGCCCCCUUCUCCAUGAUUGCCAACCUCCUGAUGGCCACUGGCAUGGCCAUCACCUUCUACUACAUUUUCCAGGACGUGCCCAACGUGUCCGAGAGACCCCUGUUCUCCUCCUUCCACCAACUGCCCCUGUUCUUCGGCACCGUCAUCUUCGCCCUUGAGGGAAUUGGCGUGGUUAUGCCCCUGGAGAACAACAUGAAGACCCCCCAGCACUUUAUCGGCUGCCCCGGAGUCCUGAACAUUGGCAUGACCGUCGUCGUCACUUUGUACAGCGCAGUCGGUUUCUUCGGCUACCUGAAGUACGGCGAGGAAACCCAGGGUUCGAUCACUCUCAACCUGCCCACAGACGAAAUCUUGGCGCAAUCGGUCAAGAUUAUGAUUGCUGUCGCCAUUUUCCUCACAUACGCUCUGCAGUUUUAUGUGCCCUUUGAGAUCAUCUGGCGUAAUCUUAAACCGCAUUUCAAGAAAAAUGAAAUGGUGGUCGAGUUUUCUUUGAGGAUAUUUCUAGUCGUAUGCACAGUGGGCAUUGCUGCUGCCAUCCCGAACUUAGGACCCUUCAUCUCGCUGGUGGGCGCCGUAUGCCUCUCCACCUUGGGCCUCAUGUUUCCCGCUAUCAUCGAAGUCGUCACGUUCUGGGAACAGUCGACCGGUGGUCCCAGCACGAGUGGCCCCAGGUGGCGCCUCAUCAAGAACGUGGCGAUUUUGGCUUUUGGAGUGCUCGGCUUUGUCACCGGCACCUGGACGAGCAUCGAGGAAAUCGUCGCAGGCUUCGGUCAGGAGUUGUAGAAGGAAGGAAAUUAAAUCAACAACAACACUCUCUCGCCCUCUGACAAGUCACAUCAUAAUAUGCGUACUUUCUAUAAGUAUAAGGAGUAUAUAAAAUAAGUAAACUCAUCAGAGAGUGAUCUGAAGCGUAGCACGUUGGUAGUGCAAGUACCUUAUUACUUUUGAGUAGUUUCCCUUUUUUAUAAUUUAUCGUUGUAUUAUUUUCAAUAUUAGCGUCAUCGUUGGCCGUUGAAAUUUUAACUCUUAAGUGUUAAUUUUGUACAUAUGAUGUUGUGAAAUUUAUAAAUUUGAAAUCGAAAUUUUACGGUGAAAGGUUUCACAUGCAAGGCUUGUUUUUGGCGUUUUAAAUUUUAUCAAUUUCCUCUGCAGAAUGUUUCAAGGUAUUUUGAGUAAAACUACGGCAACCAACUCUGUGAACAUUUCUGUGUUAAAGCUAUUACUAUUUAAGUAGACAAAGCCUUAGUUAAUUUUUAAGUGAUUUUAACCAAGAAGUGAUAAAUAAUAGAUUUUACUUUCUGAACGAAUAUUUUUAAAAUAUCAGAGAGCUGAGUUAAUUAAUCAGCAAAUAGCGAAUUUUGGUGAUAGUUCUGUCAAUUAUUGUCAGUAAGAAAUACUCGCCUUAAUCAAGACAUGUACACAAUCAAAAAAGAAGCCCAUCCAGCCAAAUUUUCAAUAUAAAAAGCCACUUUUGGUUGUGCGUCCAAAAGGGAAGCUUUAUUGUUGCUCAUUUUUUGUCACAAUAACAGGUUGGAAGAUUUUAUGAUAUUUUUGAAGCGCAGAAAUAGAACAAAAACCAUUAUUAAUUUAUACACAAUCAUUGAAAGGCACUUCAAUUUUCUGGUGCUUUGAGAUGCAUUUACUUUAAUAAUGACAUGAAAAAUGACUUAAUAUUUCUUUCAAUGUGAGAUACAAUGAAAUCAAAUUUUUGAACCACAUGCAUGUUUAAAAAAUAAAGAAAAAUUGUAAA